UCCCUGCCGUGACAAGAUGGCGGCGCCCUUAGCGCAGCAGCUGGAGGAGCUGCUCAACCCCCGGCCCAGCUUCCGCGACCCCGAGGACGACGCGGAGGAAGCUACAGUUGCUAAAGUGAUUGACAGAUUCGAGGAUGAAACAGCAGAUGAUGUUUUACCUGUUGGCAACAUACGGAAAAAAGCUUCAGCCUCUCUCUUGGAAGCUGAUAAAAGGUACAGUGGGAAAGCUACAUCUCGCAAAGCUUUGCAGGAAGAACUCUGGGGAGAUGCUGUAUCUGAAGAAGGAUCUGCUGAAGAAGCAUUAGAUGACUGGUACAGUGGCAGUGAGGAUUCGGAAGAGAGUGGGAGCUUAGGCACUAAAACAAAGGAGAAGCUGGGCAGUGCUGGCAGUGACCAGGAGGAUGACUUGGAAGAUGACUUGGAAGACGAUGAAGAGACAGAUCUGUCUGCCAAGACCAAGGAAUCAAAGUUCAGCUUCCAGAACGUCACAGACUUUGAGAAAUUUACCGAGGGGAUGGAUGAUGUUGGAAGCAGUGAAGGGGAAGAUGAAGAUGAUGCCAGCAUGGAAGAAGGAAAUGAUGAGGAGGAAUAUCAGAGUGAAAACCAUGACAGUGUAGAAGAAACCAAAGACCAUGAAGAUGAUGGGGGAGUGAUGACAUUCUCAAAAGGACAAGAGACUGAUGAAGUAGAAAAAGGAAAAGCAGUGAAGAACCAGCUAGCUCUGUGGGAUCAGCUACUGGAAGGGAGAAUCAAGAUGCAGAAGGCGCUUAUGACAGUCAACCGACUUCCACAGCCAGACACUUACCCAGCCUUCAGGAAGGAAGGUGGACAGGAAUUUGACAAUGCUGUUGAGAACUGUUGUAAAGCCCUGGAGGCGUUGAUGAAAGUAUUAGUGGAGCUUCAGGAUGAACUGCUUUAUCAAUACCCAGGCACAAGGCAUCUGGUAGAUGGAAAACAAUCCAAAACUGAGAGUGAUGAUGAAAUCCCUAGCAGUAGUGAUGAAGAGAAAGUGGAUAAGGGUCAGGAGAAGAGGAGGAGCCUCCCCAAGCGAAAGCUGAAGCUGGAGGAGUACCCAGAGUUCAUAGCCAAGCGCUAUGCUGACUUCAGGACCUAUCGGAACAGCGUCCUGCAGAAGUGGCAUGAGAAGACAAAGCUGGCAUCUGGCAAAGUGGGAAAGGGUUUUGGUGCCUUUGAGCGUUCAAUCUUGACUCAGAUUGAUCAUAUUAUGAUGGACAAAGAGAGAUUACUACGGCGGACACAGACCAAGCGGUCCGUGUAUACAGUGCUGGGGAAGCAGGAACGGGAAUCUCAUCCCGUCCCCGAGUCUUUGCCUGAAAAUUCGGAAGUCCUCCCUGAGUCAGAGUCCAACAGACACCUGAAGGACAUAGAUGAGGAGAUAUUUGACGACGAUGACUUUUAUCACCAGCUCCUUCGAGACUUCAUAGAACGUAAAACCACUUCACUGGACCCCAAUGACCAGGUGGCAAUGGGCAGGCAGUGGCUGGCCAUCCAGAAGUUACGAAGUAAAAUAAAGAAGAAAGUGGACAGAAAAGCCAGUAAAGGGAGGAGAAUCAGGUAUCAUGUCCAUAGCAAGCUGGUGAGCUUCAUGGCACCUAUUGACCACUGUACAAUGAAUGAUGAUGCCAGGACAGAGCUUUAUCGUUCGCUCUUUGGGAAGAUCUCCAAUCCCCAAGAACCGGAGCAGAAUUAGCAGGGAUUGACCACAGCAGCAGGUUCCUCUCCCUGCACUGGACACUGCCCCAUCUCCUGACAUCUCCUUGGUCUGGGCUGCUGCUCAUCUGACCCAGAGCAAGGUCUCUCCAGCUGCUGGUUUGUUGCUGUAAAACCCACUGAAGGAGCAUCCGAUGCAGUUUCUGCUGAAUCACACGGAAAGGAGAGCAGGGAGGUUCAGCUUGGCUGAACGCCCUCUCUCUGCCAUGGAAAUGAACUCUGCUUCUUCCCAGAGACAAUCCAGUUGUAACUGUUCUCUUUGAAAUUCCCGACCUUGAUCCUGCAAGCUGGGCACAGCAUUCUGCCAGGGGACACACACACGAUGCAGAGCAGAGGGACCACCAGCCCCUCCCCCCCCCCCUGCAAUCAGGUCACCCACGUUUGUAGUAAAUCCUUAGAGAUUUUCAUGUGGGAGAUGGGGGGAUUGCUGGAGCGUGCUGUUCUGGUCGCUGGCUGCAUAUCUGGAAUGUGUGACUUUAGUUUUCAGCGAGUCAAGAGGAUUUAAAUGUCAUUUACAUAAUUAACAUGGCCUUAUAACAGAGAAAAGGUGCUCUCGCUUGCAGGCAGCCAGAGCUCCCUGUUCACACUGUUUCUCAGUGAGCUCUCACUGCACACAGGGACGUUUGCUGACUGGUGAUGAGCAGGGCACUGGGGUACCUCUGGGGCUGUUUACUGGUGAAGUCCAGCACUGAUCCUAUGCACUGAAUCGUUUCUGCUGAUCGUGACUCAGCCAUCCUGCCUUCACCAUCAUCAUCACCACCGCUGGGGGAUGCCAGUGCGGGUGUAAAACUGGCCAGAGGAGAGGACUCAUGUGAGGUCUUAUGGGGUGUUCAUCUCCAAAGGGCAGAAGCUGGGAAUGAAAUCCCUGCAAGGGGAAUCUGUCAGCCUGCUGUGAUCAGUCUGCAGUGGAGGUUAUCUUGUGUAAAUAAUCGCUGCAUACAUGUGUGUGUACAAGGGGCAUUGCUUGUGACCAUGUGAACUGAGCUUUGUUUUGUGAGUUUUGAGCAAUCCAAUUAAACUGUGUUGUAACCUGGUGAUCCAAGUGUGGUCAGGGCAGGAAAGGGCCCAGCCCCACCAGCACGGUGUCACUUCACCUGCAUUGCUUUGCACAUCCCUGUGAGCUGCGGGCUCUGAGGACACCCAGCACACACCAUGGGAAUGUAAAGGCUUGCAGUUGUAUUGAUGUGUUUGUUCACUGUUUCUGAACUCCAGGGAAGGUCGGUUGGAUCUUUCCCUGCCCACUGGGCUACGAGAUCUCACUUUAGUUGUUCUUUGUUCUUAAGUAAACAUGCAUUCUAAGUAUGUAGCAGAUUGGAUCAUAAGGAAGGAAGCCCAGGCCAUGACCUCUGCUUCAGGUGAGACCCAGUGCACAGGAGAUGAUCCCACUUUCUGUCUCCUUGUGGGAAUUGCUCCUUUUCCCUCUGUUCCUGUCUCUGCUGGAAAAGGGCUGUGCUACAAGCACAGGUUUAUCCUUUCCCCUCAGAAGGCUUUUGCAGUCCCCAGAGCUGUCUGCAGACCUGAUACUAAUUAAUCAUUUUUGCACCUCAUCAUUACAGAUUGAAGUCUUGGAGUCACCUGCUUCCAGUAAAUGGCUUCCUAACACCUCCAGUGAUGUAUGGGGAGAAAAGAGCCCUCCACAGCAAGAGAGACCCAGCUCAGCUGCAGAGACUUGCCCGGAACAAGUUGCUGUGUGAAAUCACAGAGGGUUUGGAUGCUGUUUAACAGCAGAACAGGUACACCUGUGUAUGGGGAUGGGUCUGUCCAGGUUCCACCACCCUGCACAAAGCAGAUCCUGCAGCUCCAUAUGAGGGGCUGCUCACAGAACUAUUCCUUUGGGAAAGGGGUUUCUUUUGUGACUUGCUAUUUUAAAGCAGGGCAUAAAAAGUGUGGUCAUGCUGCUAAACCCAGCUCCUCCAGCUGCUGCUCCCAGGAGCAAUGCUGCCUUUCUGCCUGGUCUUUAGGGAGCUGCUGGCUCCAAAAGCCAUCAGAGCUUUUCUCUGUUCCUCCCCGGUGCUGGUCCUCACCCCUCUGGAUCGAUGCAGGGAGCGGCAGCAGCAUGGGGCAGGCUCCAGCCCUGUGCAGAAUGGAGCAUUUUUCUUGGCUUUAGAAAAUAAGUAAGUGCCAAGCUCUCUGGUCAGGAUUUGCCAGGCGGAAACACACUGAAUGUCACCGUUGGCUCCUCUCUGCUCCCUUUCUGUUGCUGAUGACCUUGUGCACAGCAGAGAGCCCAGCAGCACUGCUCGUCCCUCUGGGAAGGUGCCAGAGUCACAGGGGCUACAUGGGGAGAACCUGGACUGGCAGUGCCUGCUCACGAGUCCUGUUUCAUCUGCUGAUGGUGCUGUUAAGAGCAGGGCUUUAUUCCUGCUGUCGGAGCAAUCCCUCGCCUGGAUUGGAGUGUGCUGCAGGAGGAGGUGCAUCCUGUGUAAUCCCUGAGCAGCAACGCAUCAGAGGCUGCGGAGGUGACGUGCCCGUGCCCAGCAGUGGGAUGACACAGCUCUGCCCCCCAGGGAGGCACAGGUAACCAGGAUGAUUCCCACCCAGUUUUCCUAAUGCUGCCAGUUAACAGCAAGGGAGAUGCCUCACACACCACCCUCCACCCCGUAAACUGUUAAUUCAUGAUACAGCUGCUAAUUAGUACCUACACGAACGGGCAUUACACCUUUGCCAGACAUUGCACAGCAGCUACGCAGUGGAUCAGGGAAUGAUGCUUGCGAUGGGAGGGACAGAGGGGCUGUGUUAAUCCUUCCCCCCCUGCUUCCAACAGCAAAGAAUUUCAACUUUGAGACAAACAACUUCAUUUACAAGUGUGUCUCUAAUUAGCUGCAGAAUUAGUAAAGCCGAGUUUUCCCCCCAUAGAUCGGCCGGAGCCCCGGGGGAGGCUGGGGAAUAGAGAGAAUCGCAUUUCCAAUUAUUUUGUUGAAUUGCUAAUUUAGUUAUUGUGCCGGCUGUAAUUGUGAUGGGUAUUGGGUGUGCAAUUCAAUUUGGUUUAAAUAUUUGUGGGAAGGCUGAUCAGUAAUGGAGCUGACCUAUUUCAUGGCCCACAUUGAGAGAAGAGACUAAAACAAAACACAGCACCAGAGCCACAGUUUGCCUCCGUUUGUAUUUUUGAUGUCUCUCAUCCCUCUUAAGACUGUUGCUGCAACAAAAGGUUUGCAUUAAAAGAUGAUGGCACUUUGAUCUUGGGCUUUGGAGAGCUCACAGCUUUGGUGCUGCUUUUCAGGGGGGUUUAAUACGUAGAUAUUUUAGGCUGAGGAGUUUUCAAUGUGUUUCUGGAGUUUGGGGGCUGGCCCCUCGUGUGUGUGUGUCCCCCAGUUUUAAUUGUCAAGAUUCUGGGUUGAAAAACAACUGCUGGAGUUGUGUUGGGAAAUGUGCUCCCAUUUAAUGUCACAGGAAUGCCUUUAAGGUGGGCAGCUGCCAAUUGGUGUUUGUGUCAUCACCCUCCAUGCUGGUGCUUCCUUUCCAGGGGCUCCUGUUGGCCAGGUCCAAGGCCACCAUCCCACCCCCUUAGGGACAAGCACUGGGUGUUUCCUCAGUUUCAGUCACAGUAAUGGUAAAGAUGACAAUAAAUCCAUGGAGGAGGAACAGGACUUGCUAACUGCGCUGGGCUGGGGGCUGUGGGCUGGGAGAGAGCUGGGACCGGGGGGACAGACGGACACUGCAGGCAGCAGAACUGUCAUUCAUUCUUUUAUUAAAAGAAGUUGAGGUAAGUGAAAGACUUCAGCACCAGCAGAACCGCGCGGCCCGAGGGCAGCUCCCCCCCCGCUGGGACGGCACCGGUGCCACUGCCAGGGAAUGGUGCUGGAGCCCGACCUCAGACCAGCACUGAUGGUAGCCAGUGGCUGGUUUUACCCCUGGAUGAAGUGGAGCCUCACUCAGUGCCUGUAUCUUGGGAUGCCCCCCGAGCAGUCGACAUUGCUGCCGGUCCUGUGUGUCCUGCUGCAGCCCAGGAACAGCAGCUCUGGGGCUUGUUUAGGGGGGAAAAAAGGUCUUUUAAAUCAGAUUGGGGUUCUUAGCUAUUAAAACAAAGCAAGUCCUUCAGCUGACAGGGCUUCCUUGGCUGCUGGUCCCUUGGGAGGAGCGUGGGUACCCAGGAUUUGGGAUGAGCUCCAGCCCUGGCUGCGCUGCACUUCAGAAGGAAACGGUACAGGUGUGAGGCACUGGCACCAUCACUAGUUAAUUCUCCAAUUAAAACAUCCCUUCCUAUUUAUCUGUAUUAAAAGAGGAAUUGUAAAUCUGAA